AUGAAUCUGAGGGUUUCCGGUGGCGGAGUUGCCGGAACCGGUGAAUUCUCCAAUGAUUGUGGGAGAACCUAUAGUGGGUUGUUGAUACUGCGCGAUGAUGUGCAUAUGUGUGGGUACAGAGAUGUUGAGGUGAUGUGGAACAUGUUGAACGUAAGUCAUCGGCGUGACCAAAUGGAAGCAGCCAGAAGCUCCAAAAGUGCUAAAUUUAGCAAGCGUGGGUGGAAGCAUGGAUCUAUGUCGAGGGUUUUUUUCUGGACUAACCAUACAGGAGGAAAUUGA